GAGGAAGAGGAAGAGUACCAGGCUUGCGGCUCAGAUCUCUACUCACUGUGGAGCCUGUGUCCCUCCAAUUCCGCCCCCUCCCGACAAACCACCUCCUCCCAUUGGCCGGGCCUUGUGCUGGAGCCCUGCCUCUCGGGUGUAGGAGAGGGACUGACCCAGGGAGGGGCCUCGGGGUGGAGGGGACACAGGGGGCUCAGGGGAACGGGCACGGGCACGGGGGGAGGGCUGUUCAGAGACGGGAGGAAGGGGGCGAGAGGAGGAGGCUCGGAGGUGUGGGUGUCUGGGGUCCUGGUGGAGGAGGUGUGGGUGUCUGGUGUCCUGGUGGAGGAGGUGUGGGUGUCUGGUGUCCUGGUGGAGGAGGUGUGGGUGUCUGGUGUCCUGGUGGAGGAGGUGUGGGUGUCUGGUGUCCUGGUGGAGGAGGUGCAGUGUCUCGGGGUGGGCAGCGUGUGGGGAAGGAGUCGGCGGGGGCGGGCUGAUGGCGCGGAGGUACGCCCUGUGGGGGGAGGAGAAAGAGGCAGAGCCCUGGAGCAGCUGGCCCUCCCUCUGCUGGGCCAUCUGUGCAGAGAGGAAGGGCGAGGUGUACCCCUGCAGGGGCGCAUCCCCAACCCCGGGCAGCGAGGAGGUCGUCGUUGCCAGGGGAAACGCUGCGGUGGCGUGGGGCUUCUGGGGGGACAGCUCAUGAGCGGCCGAUUCAAACUCUGGGCUCUCGGACGGUGUCAGCAGGCUGUCGUAGGACAGGCUGCCGUUCCGAGGUGUCUGAUUGGCCAGGCUCUUGUAGCUGGUGUCGGUGGUGCCCUCUGAUUGGAGCGUGCCCAGAGUAUUGUGGUGUGUGUGGGCGGAGCGCAUGCUGGAGGAGAGGGAGUCACCGGUGGACAAGACCAGAGAGGAGGGGUAGGAAGUGUACGACCGCCCCCCUAGGGAGUACUCGGAGAUGCCCCCCAAGACGCCCCCACCUGUCCCACUGGUUACCCCGGGGCCCUCGCCCUUCUCCCCUCCCCCUCUACGCGCCCCCACACCUAUUAUCGACCCCCCAUCCAGGGUGCUGGGCUCAGACCGA